GCAUUCCUUUUGAUUUGUGUAGCCCUGAGCUCUAACCAAUCUGUAUCAGUAUCUCUUUUUCUUUUCUCAGCACUCAUCACUUUUGCUUUCUUCUUUGUCUAAUGCAGAGCUAGCUACCUAGCAUCUGCAAAACCUGACAGUGAAAAAGAUUAAUACCUUUUUUACAAUUCCAAUCCAACAACCAAACACAUCCUUAAGAUGCUCGAGACCGUUAAAUACCUUCUCGGCUCCGCCGGUCCAAGCGGCUUCGGGUCCAAAUCCACCGCCGAACAAGUCACGGAAAACCGCGCCGAUCUCCACUCCAUCACCGCCAUCAUCACCGGUGCUACGUCUGGAAUCGGAGCUGAAACGGCGCGUGUGUUAGCGAAGCGUGGUGCGAGGCUGGUUCUGCCGGCGCGUAGCAUGAAAGCCGCGGAAGACGCCAAAGCGCGCAUAGUGUCAGAGUGUCCUGAUUCGGAAAUCAUCGUUAUGUCUCUUGAUCUCAGUUCUCUGAAUUCGGUUACAACCUUCGUUGCUCACUUCCACUCUCUCGGUUUGCCUCUCCAUCUCCUCAUAAACAACGCUGGAAAGUUCGCACACGAGCAUGCUAUCUCUGAGGAUGGAGUUGAAAUGACUUUUGCCACUAAUUACCUAGGUCAUUUUGUGUUGACGAAUUUGUUGGUGAAAAAGAUGGUGGAAACGGCGAAGGAGACAGGAGUGCAGGGUAGGAUAGUGAACGUGUCGUCGAGCAUCCACGGGUGGUUUUCCGGCGAUGCAAUUUCAUAUCUGGCUCUUAUAAGCCGCAACAAAAGGCAUUACGACGCCACACGUGCUUAUGCUCUUUCCAAGCUCGCCAACGUUUUCCACACCAAGGAACUUUCCCGUAGACUCCAGCAAAUGGGGGCCAACGUCACUGUGAAUUGUGUUCAUCCUGGGAUCGUCAGAACCAGACUCACUAGAGAGCGUGAGGGCUUGCUCACAGAUUUGGUGUUCUUUUUGGCUUCCAAGCUCUUGAAGACCAUUCCUCAGGCAGCUGCUACGACAUGUUAUGUGGCCACUCAUCCAAGGCUUUUCAAUGUCUCCGGCAAGUACUUUGCUGACUGUAACGAAACUUCAACCUCAAAAUUGGGAUCCAACUCAACUGAAGCUGCAAGGCUAUGGGCCGCAUCCGAAUUCAUGAUUUCUAGGGGUCCAAAAGCUGCCUUUGACCUACUUAGGCACCUUGAAUUUUGAAGUUAAUUUCUUGGGACACUGCAAUAUAUACAGUACUAUAUAUGAUAUGAUUUUAUGGAAAAGAUACAUGGGUCUAGAGAGAGCAACCCUAAUAUUGUUUUGCUCUCUCUUUGAUCUUAAUAGAGUCAAGAUAAUGAUCGAUAGGAAGGGUUAACUUAAUUUGCACAGUUUUAUAUAUCUAGGGUAUAAUAUAACCAUGUCAAUGUACAAUUAUUUUGAUAUAUAUAUCAUUACUUAGACUAAAUCAUAUAUAGGAAACUUGUUGGUUUUAUUUUAUUAAUUGUUGCAAGUCUAAAAUAUGAUUGCUUUAGAUGCUAGUUAGAUUGCAUUGACAUAUGAUGAUACAAUGAUUAUAGAGCUUGGGUUAUGUUAA